AAUAAUUCAGCCUGGAAAGCGGUGCUGAAUCUGACCACUCGGAGUGGAGGCGCACUCCAAUAAAAAAAACUACAACUAAAAACAAACUUGCCAUCAAUUUACACGACGUUUGCACACUCAUAUUUGAGAAAGGCGGUGUUUAUAAUUCGGUGAAUACAAGAUCCCGGCGGCUUGCUCCGCGCCGGACGGAGGCUGCAUGAAUAACCGCAUCACCUCAUGAAUUAAACAGCAGGGACUCUGACGUCAUGAACGAGCAGGCGCAUGAAGAAUGAUAUCCGGAAGUGACGGCACUUCCUGCAGUCAGUUACAGAGGCAGUGUUUCCUGUCAGGGUUUCCCCGAGACGAGAGUAACUUACCGGGCAGAGACUCAGGGUUGUCCCUGGGAGAUAGGCUUGCCGGGCGGGGAAACGCGAUUAGUUAGAACACGGGGUCGGAUUACACCGGUUUGAGAUUCGGGAUAUAAUACUGGGCAGAGAAACUGCAAUCUGCGGGAAACUCUGAACGAAACCCGGGGAGAAGAUAGAGACAGAUCCGAGGGAGAUCCCGACACAGUGUUACAGAACCGGAGAGAUCCCUUCGGACCCCCGGGAGGUGACGGGUUCAGUGGAGUGCCUUCCCGGGCAGAGAAACAGCACUACCACCGGCAGACAGAGCCCAAGUGCCGGGGAAGGGGGCCUUACAGCCAGCGAGAGAGCCGGGAGGGGGCACGAGUGCCAGCUGGGCACAGAGACAGUCUGGAGUUAUCUGUCUGUCUGAUAUAAACAGCGCGGGUCGGGCGAGACAGGGCCAGACCGGGACGGACCUGGUUUUUGACAUUUAGGAGCCGGGAAAGAGCCGGAUCGAGACCUCAUGAAUGGAAAUCGGAACUACAGGAGCCGUUGGGGCCCAGCCCCUGUUCUCGGUGCCCAGGCGCCCGGGCUAUGGCACCAUGGGGAAGCCCAUCAAGCUGCUGGCCAACUGCUUCCAGGUGGAGAUCCCCAAGAUGGACGUGUACCUCUAUGAGGUGGACAUCAAGCCAGAGAAGUGUCCCCGGCGCGUCAACAGGGAGGUGGUGGACUCCAUGGUGCAGCACUUCAAGGUGACGAUAUUCGGGGAUCGGAGGCCGGUGUACGAUGGGAAGAAGAGUCUGUACACAGCGAACCCGCUGCCUGUCGCCACUGCAGGGGUGGACCUGGACGUGACUCUGCCGGGUGAGGGGGGGAAGGACCGCCCCUUCAAAGUGACGAUCAAGUUUGUGUCGCGGGUGAGCUGGCACCUCCUGCACGAGGUCCUGACGGGCCGCAGCGUGGCAGAACCACUGGAGCUGGACAAGCCCAUCAGCACCAACCCUGUGCACGCUGUCGACGUGGUGCUGAGACACCUGCCCUCCAUGAAGUACACUCCAGUGGGGCGGUCUUUCUUCUCGGCCCCCGAGGGCUAUGAUCACCCGCUGGGCGGGGGCAGGGAGGUGUGGUUUGGGUUCCACCAGUCCGUGCGGCCCGCCAUGUGGAAGAUGAUGCUGAAUAUUGAUGUGUCAGCCACGGCCUUUUACAAAGCCCAGCCCGUGAUCCAGUUCAUGUGCGAGGUCCUCGACAUUCACAACAUCGAUGAACAACCACGACCUCUCACCGAUUCUCACCGGGUCAAAUUCACCAAAGAGAUUAAAGGUCUGAAGGUUGAGGUGACGCACUGUGGAACGAUGAGGAGAAAGUACCGCGUGUGCAACGUGACUCGGAGACCAGCGAGCCACCAAACGUUUCCUUUGCAACUGGAGAACGGUCAGACAGUGGAGCGCACGGUGGCUCAGUACUUCAGAGAGAAGUACAGCCUGCAGCUCAAGUACCCGCACCUGCCCUGCCUGCAGGUGGGCCAGGAGCAGAAGCACACCUACCUGCCCCUGGAGGUGUGUAACAUCGUAGCGGGGCAGCGCUGUAUCAAGAAACUGACGGAUAAUCAGACUUCCACCAUGAUCAAAGCGACCGCGCGCUCAGCACCCGACAGGCAGGAGGAGAUCAGCAGGCUGGUGCGGAGUGCGAACUACGAUGCUGACCCCUUCGUGCAGGAGUUCCAGUUCAAGGUGCGGGACGAGAUGGCCCAUGUGACGGGGCGCGUGUUACCUGCGCCCAUGCUGCAGUACGGGGGCAGGGUGAGCACAGAACACUUUAUGAACCGGACAGUGGCCACACCCAGCCACGGGGUGUGGGACAUGCGGGGGAAGCAGUUCCACACAGGAGUGGAGAUCAAGAUGUGGGCGAUCGCCUGCUUCGCCACGCAGAGACAGUGCCGAGAGGAGAUACUGAAGGGCUUCACUGACCAGCUGCGCAAGAUCUCCAAGGACGCGGGGAUGCCUAUCCAGGGCCAGCCCUGCUUCUGUAAAUACGCGCAGGGUGCUGACAGCGUGGAGCCCAUGUUCCGCCACCUGAAAAACACCUAUUCAGGGCUGCAGCUCAUCAUAGUCAUCCUGCCCGGGAAAACGCCCGUCUACGCGGAGGUGAAGCGUGUGGGAGACACUCUCCUGGGAAUGGCCACUCAGUGUGUUCAGGUGAAGAAUGUGGUGAAGACCUCCCCCCAGACCCUCUCCAACCUCUGCCUGAAAAUCAACGUCAAGCUGGGGGGAAUUAACAACAUCCUGGUCCCGCACCAGCGCCCCUCUGUGUUCCAGCAGCCCGUGAUCUUCCUGGGGGCGGACGUCACGCACCCCCCUGCUGGCGACGGGAAGAAGCCCUCGAUCGCAGCGGUGGUGGGGAGCAUGGACGCUCACCCCAGCCGAUACUGUGCCACGGUGAGAGUACAGCGCCCCCGGCAGGAGAUCAUCCAGGACCUGGCCUCCAUGGUGCGGGAGCUGCUCAUCCAGUUCUACAAGUCGACCCGCUACAAGCCCACCAGGAUCAUCUUCUACAGAGACGGGGUGUCGGAGGGGCAGUUCAGACAGGUGCUGUACUAUGAGCUGCUUGCAAUCCGGGAGGCCUGUAUCAGCCUGGAGAAGGAGUACCAGCCUGGCAUCACCUACAUCGUGGUGCAGAAGCGCCACCACACCCGGCUCUUCUGUGCCGACCGGAACGAGAGGGUUGGUAGAAGUGGAAACAUUCCUGCUGGAACCACUGUGGACACGGACAUCACUCACCCUUACGAGUUCGACUUCUACCUGUGCAGCCACGCUGGAAUCCAGGGCACCAGCCGCCCCUCUCACUAUCACGUGUUGUGGGAUGACAACUGCUUUACUGCGGACGAGUUCCAGCUCCUCACCUACCAGCUGUGCCACACGUACGUGCGCUGCACCCGCUCCGUCUCCAUCCCCGCGCCCGCUUACUACGCGCAUCUGGUGGCGUUCCGAGCGCGGUACCACCUGGUGGACAAGGAGCACGACAGUGCCGAAGGCAGUCAUGUUUCUGGACAGAGUAAUGGCCGGGACCCCCAGGCUCUUGCCAAGGCUGUGCAGAUUCACCACGACACCUUACGCACCAUGUACUUCGCCUGAGAGAGAGAACGAGAGCGCAAAGGGGGCCACAAGCCCUCGCAGGAACCCAAAAACAAGCCACACACAAGCCUCUGUUUCCAGGAGGGUCGGUUUAAGGGGUCGACUCACCGUCGCUGUGCAGAGUAGUGGAGAUGAGCGCACUGCCUCUGAAAAGGAACUCCGCACUAUUAUGCAAUAUAAAACCAGCCAGCCGCUGGCAGCACUCCCCUCUCCUCCGCGUCUCUGUCUGCAGGGGGCGCCGCUCCUCCUCCUGUCUGACUUGUGCUUUUUUAUUUUGUUUGUUUGUCUUCUUCCUUUCUUUUUGCCUUUACCUCAAGUUGUUUGGCAGCACGACUUUCUCUGAAAAGAAAGGAAGGAAAGAUGACGAGGUUUCAGAACCGUGGAGGCUGCAGGUUGCCGUUUGUUUUUCUAGCAGAGGAACGCGAAUGCUGGGGCUGCAGCACUCAGAUAACAAUAGAGAAAGUGUCUUGAAUUGAUUGCUGCGCUGUGCUCCUCACAGCAACCUGCACAGGACAGUAAGAAUCCCAAACCCACAGUGUAACGGCGCUGCUGUACCCCUCUCCUGCGCUGUGCUCCUCACAGCAGCCUGCACGGGACAGUAAGAAUCCCAAACCCACAGUGUAACGGCGCUGCUGUACCCCUCUCCUGCUCUGUGCUCCUCACAGCAGCCUGCACGGGACAGUAAGAAUCCCAAACCCACAGUGUAACGGCACUGCUGUACCCCUCUCCUGCUCUGUGCUCCUCACAGCAGCCUGCACGGGACAGUAAGAAUCCCAACCCCACAGUGUAACGGCACUGCUGUACCCCUCUCCUGCUCUGUGCUCCUCACAGCAGCCUGCACGGGACAGUAAGAAUCCCAAACCCACAGUGUAACGGCGCUGCUGUACCCCUCUCCUGCGCUGUGCUCCUCACAGCAGCCUGCACGGGACAGUAAGAAUCCCAAACCCACAGUGUAACGGCGCUGCUGUACCCCUCUCCUGCGCUGUGCUCCUCACAGCAGCCUGCACGGGACAGUAAGAAUCCCAACCCCACAGUGUAACGGCGCUGCUGUACCCCUCUCCUGCGCUGUGCUCCUCACAGCAGCCUGCACGGGACAGUAAGAAUCCUAACCCCACAGUGUAAUGGCACUGCUGUACCCCUCUCCUGCUCUGUGCUCCUCACAGCAGCCUGCACGGGACAGUAAGAAUCCUAACCCCACAGUGUAACGGCACUGCUGUACCCCUCUCCUGCUCUGUGCUCCUCACAGCAGCCUGCACGGGACAGUAAGAAUCCCAACCCCACAGUGUAACGGCGCUGCUGUACCCCUCUCCUGCGCUGUGCUCCUCACAGCAGCCUGCACGGGACAGUAAGAAUCCUAACCCCACAGUGUAACGGCACUGCUGUACCCCUCUCCUGCUCUGUGCUCCUCACAGCAGCCUGCACGGGACAGUAAGAAUCCCAACCCCACAGUGUAACGGCGCUGCUGUACCCCUCUCCUGCUCUGUGCUCUGCUCCAGCGUUACACCUCAAGCUUUGUUUGGUUGUCUGUUUUGUAGGCAGCGGUGACUUACUGUUUGAAAUGAGAGCGCCGCUCUGUGUGUCGAUCACAGCACACCUCGAAGGAGUCGAGCUGGGCUUCUGACAAGGUUCCCGAUUGUAUUAUUGGGAGCACAGUGCCACCCGCAGGCCACCAGUAUGUAAGUGCUCUUGAUAAUAGCCACUGAAGCGUUUGUGUGAAGCUAAGCCGUGGCUGGUUGACGGGCAGAACGCUUUCUCCAGUUCUGCUUUGUCGGACGGCAGCGUUUCCACUCGCUGGGAGCUUUCAUCUUCAAGGCAACGGGAUUCCUGUUUUAAGUGUAUUGAUGUUUUAAGCUUUCUUUUGUUUUUCUUUGUAUUUAUUAGAAUUGUUAAGCCUAAUAAUUUAAUAAUAAUAAUAGUUAGCAACGACUCGUUUUUGUUAUUUUAUUUUCAUUUUCUGGAUAUUGUUCUCCAGUGUUCACUAAACUGACAGCUUGUGUUGUUGCUUUAUUUAGUGCAAUAAAUUAAUGUUCAGAUUCCAUCCAUGGAGGGCCCUGACUGGACGGCGAUGUCCACAGCGAGCCCUGACUGGACGGCGCUGUCCACAGCGAGCCCUGACUGGACGGCGCUGUUUGUUCACAGCGAGCCCUGAUUGGACGGCGAUGUCCACAGCGAGCCCUGACUGGACGGCGCUGUCCACAGCGAGCCCUGAUUGGACAGCGCUGUUUGUUCACAGCGAGCCCUGACUGGACAGCGCUGUUUGUUCACAGCGAGCCCUGAUUGGACGGCGAUGUCCACAGCGAGCCCUGACUGGACGGCGCUGUCCACAGCGAGCCCUGAUUGGACAGCGCUGUUUGUUCACAGCGAGCCCUGACUGGACAGCGCUGUUUGUUCACAGCGAGCCCUGAUUGGACGGCGAUGUCCACAGCGAGCCCUGAUUGGACAGCGCUGUUUGUUCACAGCGAGCCCUGAUUGGACGGCGCUGUUUGUUCACAGCGAGCCCUGAUUGGACAGCGCUGUUUGUUCACAGCGAGCCCUGAUUGGACGGCGCUGUUUGUUCACAGCGAGCCCUGAUUGGACGGCGCUGUUUGUUCACAGCAGGCCUCUCUGCUAACAGAAAGGGAACGACAGCCAGUCCAAAGACAGCCAGCAUAACGAGGGGAUUGCCGGAUUGCAGAGGUUCAAACUGUGCCACUUUAUUCCAGAGGAGGGCUUGAUUUGGUAACUUUGUCUCGGAGCGUUAUCGGAGUGGAGCUCCGAGCCGUUCCAGUGGCGUGUUUAAGAGGCUGUGGUCAUUGUGGAUUGUUCCAGAUAUCAAGUGCCUGGCAGUGUGAGAGGGACUGAUCGUUCAGGGCGGUGGCUGGCCCUUUAGAACAGGAGGGACUGCUGUCUUUAAUGAAAUCCAUCUGAAUAAUUGGAAUCCAAGUCAAUGAGAAUGGCAGGGCUGGGACUUGGUUUUGUAGAUUGAAAUGAAAUGUCUGUGCCGGAGAGCUUCGCUUGUGCGCUGCCUCUCUCCGCACAGUCGCUGGCCUCUCUCUUCUCUUCUGUAUGAAUUGGUGUUCAGGUUGCUUUGGCACACAGUGAGAGGAUGCAGCCUGUCUUUCAGAGAUGGGCAUUGCGUUAGUCCCAGCCCUGCUUCACCGGGAGGAUUUCUGAACCCAGCCAGAGCUGCCGCUGCCCUUGCAGAUCAGUUAGAGAGCCACGUUGUUCUGCGGGGUGUGUUUGACGCCCCUGAGCUUGUGUGCGCUGUGACUAAUCAAGAUCACAGUUAAACCAGCUCAGCCCAAACUGCUGUACAAUGGGAGUCUAAUUCCAUCUGUGCUGCUUGUAAACUGUGACAGGGCACUGAUGCACACGCACACUAAUACACACGCACACUGAUACACACGCACACACACACUGAUACACACGCACACACUGAUCCACACACACACACUGAUACACACUGAUACACACAUGCACGCACACACACUGAUGCACACACACACUGAUACACACACUGAUACACACACACACUGAUACACACACACACACUGAUACACACACACUGAUCCACACUGAUACACAAACGCACACACACACACACACACUCUCUCUCUCUGAUCCACACGCACGCAGGCGCACACAUACACACACAGAUACACAGCUCUUUGAUCUUGGAUGAAGCUCAGUGCUCUCCCCUGUGUUGAUGCCCACACUGUUUGUUUGCCCGGGGGCUGCAGUGAAGCCCCCCAGCCCCCCUCUCUCUCUGUGGAGAGGACCCUUCGUUUGUCUGUGAGUGGCUGUGCUGUUGUCUAUGGAUUCUGCAAAGCCAUGUGAAAUGGAUUCGCUGCUACUAUUUUUCUAUAUUAAAGUCUGACGAUGUCACUACAGGAUCCCAGAGUGGGGUGGAAGGCAGGCUUGGUGCUCCGAGGUGCGGGUCCCAGCGCUGGCAGAGGCAGCGAGGAGUUCCUGGAGGUUUCAGUGGCUUUUACAGUGGGGUCCUCUUUACAAAGGGGAUGCGGCACCUGUUCUGUCAGGUCGUUCCAGUGAACUCUGCAGGGUCCAGCUGUGACGUUUCAGGGGAUUGGUGCUCCAGAGACAGCCCUUUCAGUGCAGGUCUGCACUCCACGUGCUUCUGCAGAGCUCUGCUCCACACACAUGUGCUGUGUGUGUUUCAGCUGCCAGCUCCGUAGUAGAAUUAUUCUUGUUCUUCAUAUUAUUGUAGAGAAGCUGCUUUAUCUGAUUCGCUCUUGUUGUAAAGCAGGGGUGCACGACCCCAGAAUCCGUGCUGCUGUUCUGAGAGGGACUCUUUCUGAUGCAAUGUGUGCUUUGCAGCAUUAAGCUUCCACUGUGGAACAGAGUUGGGCAAUUGAAAUCGAAUUUACUAGCUGUGUUAACGAGGGUGGAGGGUGGAGUGGAGAGGCAUGCUAAAAAAACAAAAGGAAACUUUAGAUAAUGCAAUAGACUUGUUUUGGAGAGAGGAUACAUUUAUCAGCACUGAGAUCCAGUCCAGGCGGGUCCAGCAGUGGUUCUGAUUCUGGUUAAGUUCCAGUCCAGGCUGACCCACUUUCCUGUGUGGAGGUUUUCAGUCACAAUGGGAGAUUGUUGUUGGCAGCUGUUUAAAAUAAUAAUAAUAAUAAUUAUUAUUAUUAUUAUUAUUAUUAUUGUAUUUGUCAAUCUGUGGCGCUGCGCCUGGACUGGUGUGAAUUCAGGCUGUUGUAUCUUUGCUGCGUGAGGAGAGGAGGGUUAGUGUGGAGUCUGCAGUGUGUGGCUGCUCUCUCUGGUAGAGGAGAGGAGGGUUAGUGUGGAGUCUGCAGUGUGUGGCUGCUCUCUCUGGUAGAGGAGGGUUAGUGUGGAGUCUGCAGUGUGUGGCUGCUCUCUCUGGGAGAGGAGGGUUAGUGUGGAGUCUGCAGUGUGUGGCUGCUCUCUCUGGUAGAGGAGAGGAGGGUUAGUGUGGAGUCUGCAGUGUGUGGCUGCUCUCUCUGGUAGAGGAGAGGAGGGUUAGUGUGGAGUCUGCAGUGUGAGGCUGCUCUCUCUGGGAGAGGAGGGUUAGUGUGGAGUCUGCAGUGUGUGGCUGCUCUCUCUGGUGCAGGAGAGGAGGGUUAGUGUGCAGUCUGCAGUGUGUGGCUGCUCUCUCUGGGAGAGGAGGGUUAGUGUGGAGUCUGCAGUGUGUGGCUGCUCUCUCUGGGAGAGGAGAGGAGGGUUAGUGUGGAGUCUGCAGUGUGAGGCUGCUC